UUAUUUACUAUAUUUACCAGUCAAUGGUCAUUUAUAACCUAACCGUUGAAUGGUUUUCGUUUUUAUUGCAAAAUUUUAAUAAAUUGAUGAUAAAAGCUAAAAAUGAGUGUUAAUAGUUCUGCAUUUAAACUGUUUUCCUGUGUUAAUGCAUACAAAAAUAUUUUAAGCAACAGUUUUAGGAUAGUCUUUGCAAGUCCACAACCUCAUUCAGGCUAUAAAUUGUCUUCUAAAACGAACAUUGACUUGUCCAGCUUCCCUACUAAACCGCCAAAGCCUCUAACACCAUAUUUUAAAUUUUUGGCUGAGCACAGAUCUUUGGUAAAAAAGGAACAUCCAGAAUUUAAUUCUCUAGAAAUAAUAAAACAAUGUGCAAAAGACUGGAGAGAUGUCCACGAGAGUAUCAAAGAACGAUACAAUGAGCAGUAUAAACAAGAAAUGGACAUUUAUUCAAAACAGUAUUUAGAUUACCAAGGGAGAUUAACACCUGAACAAAAAGAGAAAUUAUCACAAUUAAGAAAAGAAAGAAUUGAACAAAAGAAUAAAAUCAGAUUGAAAAAGAAAUAUAGGGAUGCUAAUAGACCAAAAAGACCUCUGGCUCCUUAUUUUCUGUUUCUUGCAGAAAAAGCAAAAGAAAGAAAUGAGAAAUACAAUGAAUUAGCCAUAACUCUUAGACAUGAAUGGAAACAGUUAAGUGAAUCUGAAAAACAAAAGUAUUCAGACGAAUUUAACAAAAAUAUAAAAGAAUAUGAAGAAGCCAUGAAAAACUGGGAAGCCAAUAUGAUUAAAGAGGGCCAUUUUGACCUGGUCAGAGGUCGUGCACUAAUUGAACAAGGUCUUAAAAAUAGUCCUCAAAGCACCAAACUUGCAAAAAGAAUCAAAAAGAAGGCAUCAGAAAGUAAUGAACCUUAAGUUUUUUGGAGUUAAGAUUUGACCUUUUAGAAAUAAGUAAGGAUAUAAUAAGAUUUGUUAAGUCUUAUACUGUGGUCAAAUAGUUUUGUUUAAUGAUCCAUGUUUCAUUAAUUUAUUUGGGACAAAUUCAAAGUAGAUUUUUUAACUACGCUAUUAUUUUAAUGACAUAAGAGAAAAAAUAUUUUUAAAUGUAAAAUAUUAAUACAUACAUUUGCAUUUGGAAUAAAUUUUGCAGAAAACUAA